AGGCGGGGCUAAGAGUGACGUUGGCAACGCAUGCUCUGAGCACAUUGGCGCGAGAGUUUGUUUUGUGACUUGGUCAUCUCUGGGUUCGACUGGUUGGAAAAAUGAUGCGCAAAAAGCGACGCUCUUCUGUUGAAAAAGUCGAGGGAACUUCUGUAGCCUCCAAGGCAAAGAAGAGUCGCAGCUCUGCUCGCCUGCCUAAAGAGGCCGUUUCUGAGGAGACUAAUCAGAGUGUGUUUGUUGCGUUUGUGAGAGAGGCAGGUGUCACCCUGAAAACAGACGAUUCCUCUAACGGAAUUGCUGUGGACCAGGUGGUUUUCCAGAAGCGGAUACAGCGGCAGCUACAGAAGAGUCCCAGGUAUCCUGGUGUUUUACAGGAGUUCAUCACUGGACUAGAGGCUUAUAUAGAGAAUCCUGACCGAUUUAGGAGCUGCCUCCUGCCUUGUGUUCCACAUUUGUCCAAUGGAGACUCCAGCUGCAGUUCUGUCAGUUCGUUCCAGGAAAGCCUGCUGAGAAUGUUGCUGGGCAUUGAGAUGCUGCAGACGUUAAUCAUUAACACUUUACUUGAGAAACUCCCUGAGUUUAUGUCUGACGGUGCCGCUGAAGGAGGACUCAGUAUCCCACACAUGAUUAUUAACCAGCUCAAAUGGCUCGACAGAGUUGUGGAUGCAAAGGAACUGUCGGUGAAACUGAUGGAACUGGUGUCGGUAGCACCAGUGGAGGUGCAGCGUGACAUCAUUACCAGUUUACCAGAGAUACUGGAGGACUCCCAGCACAACGAUAUCGCCAGACAGCUCAACGCUUUACUUCAGGAGAACACCCAGCUGACUGUCCCCAUCCUGGACUCCCUCUCCAGCCUCAGUCUCUCUUCAUCUUUACUCAUGAAGGUACGGGAAGCUGUCAUGGCCAUGCUUGCUGCCGUUCAACUGGAGGACCUUCCUGUUGUGGUCAAGUUCAUUCUGCACACUGUCUCAGCCUCUGACGCUAACGAGGUGGUGUGUAAUCUCCGUAAGAAGCUGGAGCUGGAGCAGUGUGUUCUGCCUCCUGUGCUGCAGGCUUCUCAGAUUCGCAUCAAGAGCAAAGGAGCAGGAGCAGCGAAUGUUUCCACACCAGCAGGUGGCAGCAGCCAAGACAGUGUGACUCUGACCCUGGACUGCAUUAAGUCAGCAGUGCGUUUCCAGAAAACAAUCUCUGAGGCAUGGCUCAAGGUUAUAGAGAGCGCGGACGACCACAGGGUUAUAGAUCUACUGGUGCUUUUCAUCCUCCACGCUACCAACUCCAACCAGAGCCGACGGGGUGCGGAGAGGAUCCUGAAGCUCAAAGUGAGGACUGGACUCAUCCAGGAGGCUUUGCUGCAGAGGACCUUCAGGGACUACUCCCAGGUGAUGCGGGGCUACUUCUCCUCCAUCCUGGCUCUUGCUCAGAGUUUGCUGCGCUCUCCAGACCCCUGCGUGGUGCCGUUUGGUGGACACAUGCACCGCCACUCCUUCACCGCUUUUGACUCGUACUGUCAACAAGAGGUUGUGGGUUCUCUGGUGACCCAUGUGUGUAGCGGUGUGGGUGGGGAGGUGGACAUGGCUCUGGACCUGCUCUGUGGCCUGGUUUUGGAGAAACCCUCGGAGAUGGCUCUUUAUUCUGUGUUUGUGAAGGGAAUCUUGGACUACAUGGACAACCUGACGCCCCAGCAGAUACGAAAACUCUUCAGCCUUCUGAGCAAACUGGCAUUCGGGCAGCAGCAGCAGGGAUCUCACAUCCAGGACGACAUGCACAUAGUGAUCCGUAAACAGCUCUCCAGCACCGUGCCAAAAUACAAGCGGAUAGGGAUCAUUGGUGCUGUGAUGAUUGUCGGCAGCAUGGCGGCCUUUAGACCGAAAGCGAAAGAAUCACAGGCUGGCUCCUUGUCCCAGGAGACUCUGAGACAGGUCACAGCCCUGCUGGAGUUGGUCAAGUCGAGCAGCGAGAGCUCCCCUGAGGCUGCUGCUCUGUACUACGAUGAACUAGCUAACCUGAUCUACAGCUCUUCACUGGAUCCACAGGUUCAGGAAAUGAUCGGGACAAGCGUCCUGGAUGACUUCCAGGAUGACUUUGUGGUGGACCUUGGGCCAGAUAUACCCGGCUCAUUCCUGUUUCCAGCCUGUGCCAUGUACAACCUGGAUGAUGAGGAGAGUCAGGGAUGUAUCGCUGUCAACCUGCUCCCUCUGCUGGCCAAAGAAACCCAAAACAAGGGCGAGCGUGAAACUCAAACCAAGAAGCCACAAAGGCGAGUGUCUCCCCUGUGUUUAUCUCCAUUUUUCCGUCUCCUGAGAUUUUGUGAGGAGAAGCGACAUCAGGGAGACCUGGAGGAGAUUGAUGCCCUCUUGGGAUGCCCUUUGAUUUUGACAAACAUGGAUGUCGUGGAGAAGUUGGAGAGCCUGUCUAAAGCUGAGAGGGAGUUCCUCUGUUCUCUGCUCUUUCACACCAUCAACUGGUUCAGAGAGGUCGUAAACACUUUCUGCAAACAGAAGGAAGCCGAGAUGAAGAUGAAAGUGAUGACUCGCCUACAGAACAUCACUUAUCUGCAGACACUACUGGAGAGGGCUCUUGCAGGAACACCUGGUUACGUCCCACCUGUCUGUAACUUUGAUGGAGAAGCCACAGAUGGCGUUGCUGCUGGCUUCACUGCUGCUGUGAAUAAAACAAAGAAAGAUGGCGCUGGAAGGAAGAGGAAAGCUCCCGGUAAGAAUUCAACAGAAGAGAACUCUCAGCCUGCAGAGGCGGCCGAAGCAGAAGAAACUCAGCAGGAGCAGCCAGAGAAGGAAAAAGAAAAGGAGACGCGUCCAGGUGUGAGUCUGGUGGCCUACAGGUCGUUCUUCAGAGAGCUGGACGUGGAGGUGCUGAGUGUUCUGCAGUGUGGUUUGCUGUCGCGCUCGCUGCUGGACUCAGAGCUCCACACCAAGGUGCGGGAGGAGGUUCUGCUGGGUCCUGGUGAGCUUGUCUUCCUCCUGGAGGAUAUGCUUCACAAACUGGAGUUCAGUCUCUCAGCUGGUCCAGCUAGGAGAGCUCCUUUCCUCAAGGCCAAGGCUGAUAGAAGUCUAGGCUUCUCCCACCUCCAGCAGUGGAGCUCCAGAGACAUUGCCUCCUAUUGUGUGCAGCUGUUACCUGCUCUUUGCACACAUCUGGAAAACUGUCACAACCAUUUCCAGAUGCUGCAGUCUGAAAACAACGGUGUUGUGGACGGGCCGGCUACAGACCUGCAGGAGCAUCAGCUAAUGUCAGCGGGGUAUCAGCUGCUGCUGCAGGGCCUGAACACCACCUUCAGCUGGUCUGGAUUCAGCCAGCCAGGACACAGGAACCUGCUGAAGAAGGCUCUGGGAGUCUUAGCUGGGCGACUCAAAGAAGGAGGCUCAGAGCUGACCCUGGAGCAGCUAGUGACACACGGUUUUAAGUACCUGCUGAACUUUCGCAGCACCAUGCCGAGCCUCAGCACGGCUCUGUGUCUCUCCCAGCUUCUGUCCACGGUGUCGGAGAGAGGGGGCGAUCCUGCUGCUUACAGACAGCAGAUGGCUUCUCUUGCUCAUGGUUUCCUGACCCAGAUCUGGGUGACGGCUACCGGUGAGAGGGAGCGAGGCAACAAAUUCAACGAAGCCCUCCACGCUCUCCUCAGCAUCUACCUGGAGCACGCGGACGACGUCCUGAUGGCAUUGGAGCAGAUCACUGGAACGGCGAUCCCGGAGCUGCUCAGUGCAUCCAAAGAGGGGAGCUCUGCAUCCUGGCCCACUCUGCACAGGCAGACGUUCCUGGUGUUCUACAAAGUCUUGAUGGCGGAGUUGGACAAAUCAGCCAGAAAGAUUCCUGCUGUCAAAACGAGCGACGACUCGGAGACUCAGGUAGAGAAGCUGCUGACGUGGAACUUGGCAGUCAGAGACUUUCACGUCCUGGUCAACCUAGUGAAGGUGUUUGACUCCAGGCCAGUACUUAACGUGUGCUUAAAGUACGGACGACUUUUUCUGGAGACCUUCCUGAAGUUGGGGAUGCCGCUGCUGGACUGCAGCUUCAAACGGCACAAGGAGGAUGUCCAGAGCUUACUGAAGACCUUCCAGCUCAGCACCCGGCAGCUGCACCACAUGUGUGGACAUUCAAAGAUCCAUCAGGACACCAGCUUGACUAGCCACGUACCAGCCCUCAAGAAGAGUCUGGAGCUGUUUGUGUACAGAGUGAAGGCCAUGCUGAUGCUCAACAACUGCCAGGAGGCCUUCUGGAUGGGCAACCUGAAGAAUCGCAACCUGAAGGGUGAGGAGAUUCUUUCUCAGAGGUCUCAGGGGAGUGAUGAUGAUGAUGAAGAAGAGGAGGAGAACCAGGGGCUAGCACAACCACAGGAGCGAUCGGAUGAUGAGGACCAGAACGACGGUGACAGAAUUCCUAAGAAUAACAGGUCGGGCCAUAUGGAUCAAGAGGAAAAUUCAGAUGACUCCGAUUAACCCUGACUACCAUAAUAACUGAUGAUUUAUACGGUUUAGCAGCUUUUGCUGUGGUUGAUAAAAGUUUUGCACGUUUAUGAGAUUGAUUGAUUAUCUGGAUAGUCAGCUGUACACAUUUGAAAUAACAUUAUGAAAGUGGCAAUAACUGUUUAGGAGGAAUUGUUUAGACGUAUUUAUAAAUGCAGUUAGUAAAAUGUGUAAUGUGUGUUGUCACUAUGUUAUUAACGUGUUUUAUGAUGUAUGUCUAAAUGUCUGACAUAAAACAGAUUUUAGGAAUUAUUAACUAUUGGCUUUAUUUUUGUUAAUGCUGAAAAUAAAAUACAUUAAAACUUGAA